AUGGCUUCAACGAUCCAAAGGGUCCUUAGAAGAUCACAACCCACGAGAAUAAUCGAUGCUUUACACAACGCUGCAGCGCCAAAUCUUAUUCUUCACCAACCAAAUCUCGACCAAACCAAUCCCGACCCACAUCAAAUCCUAAAUCUAAGUCCAUUGCUGGUUGUACCUAAAACACAGAACUUUGGCUCCUAUGGUUUCUCACAUAUUUUCCCAAGCUUUCCAUUUGGGAUUUGUUUAAACCCGAUUUCAUCAUCUGGGUUGGUCUCAUCCGAGGCCGAAGAAGUGGAGUUUGAUGACUCGCGGAAGGUCUGGGCCGAUAGUGUGAAGAAGAAGAGGAAGAGGAAGAUGAACAAGCACAAGUACAGGAAGCUGAGGAAGCGUCUCCAGAGACAGACUUAG